ACUUUAUUGUUUGGAAGGUACAAUUAACUGAUAGUUUGUUAAUAAUAAGUUAUUAAUUAGUUUCAAAAUCUGUCCUAAGAUGGCAGGGCAGAUGGUUGAUGCAGAAGAACCAAAAAGAAAAGUUCACGACAUAACUGAUGCAAACCUUACAGGUCAUGGAGAGAAAGUCGGCCUUGAAAACUUUGAACUUUUGAAAGUCCUUGGCACUGGAGCUUAUGGAAAAGUAUUUUUGGUGAGAAAAAUUUGUGGUCAUGAUGCCGGAGUAUUGUAUGCAAUGAAAGUGUUAAAAAAGGCAACAAUUAUUACAAAACCAAAGACUACAGAACAUACUAUGACAGAAAGACAGGUUUUGGAAGCCGUACGACAGUCACCUUUCCUUGUCACAUUGCAUUACGCUUUCCAGACAAACUCAAGACUUCAUCUUAUUCUGGAUUACGUUAACGGUGGAGAAAUGUUCACACAUCUCAAUUUGAGGGAACAUUUUACUGAACCUGAAGUGAAAAUAUUUAUUGCAGAGAUAUUGCUUGCACUUGAACAUUUGCAUAAGCUUGGUAUUAUAUAUCGUGAUAUAAAGCUUGAAAAUAUACUGUUGGAUAAAGAUGGACAUGUCGUUCUUACUGAUUUUGGAUUGAGCAAAGAAAUUAUACCUGAGGAAGAACGCGCUUACUCUUUCUGUGGGACAAUCGAAUACAUGGCUCCUGAAGUUAUUCGAAGUAGUGGAGCAGGUCACGAUCAUACUGUCGAUUUUUGGAGUCUUGGCGUAUUAACUUAUGAGUUACUCACUGGUGCUUCACCUUUCACUGUAGAAGGAGAAAAGAAUUCUCAAAGUGAAGUUUCAAAGAGAAUAUUGAGCAAAAAUCCACCAGUACCAAGAAAGAUAUCUUCAAAAGCAAAAGAUUUGAUAUACAGCUUAUUGGAGAAAGAUCCAAAAAAGAGAUUAGGAUCUAGAAAUAUACUGGAUAUCAAAAAUCAUCCUUUCUUUUCCGGUCUUGACUGGGAAAAGCUUGCGAAGAGGGAUAUCCCUGCACCAUUCAAACCACUGAUAACCAAUGAUCUUGAUACAAGUAAUUUUGCUGAUGAAUUCACAUUGAUGACUCCUAUGUACUCACCCGCACCUACUCCUGCAAUAACACCUCGAACCUUCAAGGGUUAUUCUUUUAUGGCACCAUCUGUAAUCUUCGGAAAACAAAACGCCCUCAAUGGAGACAUGGCAGCUCUUAUGCAGCCCCCGAAGAAGGCAUGUCGUCCAACAACCAAUCAGCUUGCUUCCAUGCUAGGAGAAUCCGAAUUUUUUAAAAUGUUUUCAAUCGACUUUUCCGAAAAACCUCUUGGUGACGGAAGCUUCUCGAUAUGUAGGCGAUGUACUGAGAGGUCUACUGGUAGAGAUUAUGCUGUGAAAAUUGUUAGCAGAAGGUGGGAUGUAAGAUCACAACAAGAAUUACAAGCGUUAGACUUAUGUCAGGGACAUGACAAUAUUGUGAAACUACACAGUGUUCAUUAUGACAAACUUCACUGUUACAUUGUUCUUGAGUUGUUGGAUGGAGGGGAAUUACUUGCAAUGAUCAGACAGAGAGGAUAUUUUACAGAAUCAGAAGCAAGUUUAAUUCUUCGUCAAGUUGCUUCUGCUGUUGCUCACAUGCAUUCUAAGGAUGUUGUUCACAGGGACCUAAAACCCGAGAACAUUGUGUUUACAACUUGCGAUGACUCAAAUGGAAAUAAUUCAUCUAAUACUCACAGAAGACUGAGAAGAACCAGCAGUAGCAUCAAUACUAAUAUGCAAGUCAAAGUGGUGGAUUUUGGUUUUGCAAGAGUCAGACAGAAUUGUCCUAAUAAUCAAGGUGGAAGUAAUAUGCAACCAUUGACAACUCCAGUUUUUACAUUACAAUAUGCAGCACCUGAAAUACUCGAUAUGACGUUACACCAAUCUCCAACUGGAGGGUAUGAUGAAUCAUGUGAUCUGUGGAGUUUGGGAGUCAUUUUGUAUGCCAUGCUCUCAGGCGAGAUUCCAUUCAUGAAUCAAGGAAAGAAUCUUUGUGCUGCAGAAAUAAUGUCAAGUAUACAGAAAGGAGAAUUUUCAUUUCAUGGUGAUGCCUGGCAGAAUAUAUCCAUUGAAGCGAAAGAUCUUGUUAAAGGUUUGUUAACUGUCAAUCCAACAGAAAGGUUAAAAAUAAGCGAUGUUUUGAAAUCAUCUUGGAUAUCAGGAUCAAGCACCCCGAAUACCCCAUUACUAAGCCCAGGUGCAAUACCUGGAAGUCCGCGAUCGCAAAACUCAUUUGCUGUCACAUUCAAAACUCUAAAUCGAGUUGCAAGAAAAGGUUUCCAGCUUUCGGAAGUCAAUAACGCUCCGUUAGCGAAAAGAAGAAAAAAGAAACGCAAACACAGCGGAAGUACAGAAACGAGAAGUAGCUCAGAUGAGAGUAGUAUUUCACACUCUAGUGGUGCUGGAGAAUCGGCGAGCACAACUUCAUCAUUGGUGAUGAUCAAGGAGGAUUCUUCGCAAAGCAACAUCCCUUCUACUUCAUCUUCCUCCUCAUGCUCCUCAACGGAAGAUAACAACUCAAUGAGGUCUUCUUAUGUAACUGAUACUCUAACGCCAGAAAUCAGUGCCUCAAGGGAUAAUUCUGUAAUUAAGACAUCGGUUACCCAUGAUUCGUCUCUUUCGAAGCGUCCUCGUAUAUCUUCUUCAUCUCAAGAUGUUGUUUACGUAAAAACAAUCCAAACUCCACAAGAUGUCAGUAUUGUCAGUAACGAAGUCAUACUUCCUUGCGAAAACAGUAACAAUUCACCCCCUAUAUUUGAUCUGAAUAAUAACAACACCCUACCCAUCAGUAAAGAUCACUGUGAAACCCCUGAGAGGUCAUCACCCAUUAACAUCAUUUCUCCGUCCCAGUUUCUUAAUGUUCCAACAAUAACUGUGCAGGAAAAUAAACAGGAGGAGAAUCCUGGUGUCGUAACUCCAUCAGAUUCGGGGUAUCAGAGUAUCCGACUAGGUAUAAGUCUCAGUAGCACGGAAGGUAGCCCACCUUUUUCUGUUAUUGAUAACCCUAGUAAUUUGACUGGAAUAAAAACUCAAAAUGUAACUUCAAAUACCAGGUAGUAGGUUAAGAAGGCCUGAUUUCCAAUAUAUGUGCGAAAUGAACUGCCCAGAUGGCGGAGUUGUUAGGUGUAUAUUCUUUAUAAAAAAAUGUUAUAGGAUUUUUUUCUGUCUUUUAGCUUAAAUACUGCUUAUUAUUGAUGAGAUGACAUAUUUAAUAGGGGUCGGAUUCAUGAUUUUGGACUAAUUUAAAAUUGUAUCACUUGAGCUACUCUGGAAUACCAUAAAUAUUUUGCCAAGUUGGGGACUGUUCAGUGUUCACUCAUAAUACCUUUCUGGCAGAAUUUCACUUUACUGCCAAGUUUGUGUUUGAGUGUGGACUAUUAAAUCAUUAUGUGCUUGUCAAAUUUUUAUGGUCGUUUUCUGUAAGACACUCAUCUGCUAUGAUAGCGCUGCAAUGUAAUUAUUCCAAUGUUAUUAUUAACUGUUGCAUCAGCACUGGUAGAAUAAUUAGUAUUCUCAAAACACUGAAUCUUAUGCUUCUAUUUUCUUAUUCUAAUUAGAGGCGUAUCCAGGGGAAUCCCCCACCCCUCUUUAAAUGUAAAAAAUAAGAAUAUUUUUGUAUCAUACAUAGCAAUUUUCGUAGUUUGCGACGCUUUUUAGACCCUCAAAGACUCCUUAUUUCCUAUGGGGUGAAGUGAACCCUCUCUAUCCUUUACUCUCGAAUCUAUCAGAUCGAGAAUGUUUCCCUAAAAAUUUUUGGUAUUUGAAUAUCCCUACAUGUCAAUUUCAAUUUCACUUUUUAUCAUGAAGAGGUUGCGAGUGACCUUCCCAAUGCAAAUUUGAUUAAUGUUUUCAUAUAUAUCCCAGAAGAGUUGACAACUUAACAAUAUGGUAUAUUAUGACUUCUCAUCCAGUUCUUAACAAUACUAUAAAAAAAGCCUAAAUGAUGCUGUAGUUGCUAUAACUGUGCUUCACCGGCACGGUCCAUCUAUGCCCAGGCUUGGUAAAGAAUAUUUUGCAACUUGCUAUGUCAAUCUGGUAGUGUCUAACAUGCACCCCUAUGCACUUAGUUAUUGCGCUUUAUUGGCUUUGAUUUUAUUAUUCUUUUAAUUAUUGUUUUGAAUUUAAAUAAUGUACAUAUAUAUUAUAUGCCCUAGUGUUUAAUUUUUUGUACUAUUUUCCUGUGGAAAGAUGUUUUCUGUAAGUUUAAUUCUGUACGACCAGUUUAUUUAUGGGCCAUAUUGUACUGCCUAUUUGCCUGAUUAAAAAGAUUGCAUUCAGAAAACAAUCUAAUUUUAUGGCAUGACAUAUGCUAGUUUUUCCUAGCGCAUUAUGCUAUGAAUUAACGUAAUAGAUUGCAUCUAGUAAUUAAUUAUACCUCCUUCUAUUAAAGUACACGCGGAACAGAAUUUUAACAUAUUUUUUAGAUGUUAGUUUUAACAUCUUCAUUUAUUGGUACUGGUUGAUAAGUGCAAAAUCGUUAUUAAAACUAAAAACUGGCCUGAAAAUAUAUAAAAAUGUUGUAAGAAUUUAGACUAUCAAGAUGACUGGUUGAUUAGAAUACUUGCACUUAAUUUAUGGUCGAGUCACGAUAUAUUAUAUCAAAUUAAAACUAGACUCAUAUUUAUGAUACAGAUUAAUGAUUUAAUUAUCUCAGAAUAAUAAGACAGGGUCAAGAAUGCUAAAUUGUGCAUGAACCUGAGAAUACUGAGAUUUCCAUUCAAUAUGAGUUUCGUUAUCAAGGAUUGUCUUGCAAAGAAGUUAAUUUCAAAUAAAUAUAUCUGUAUUUGAGAAUUCACAGUGCAAAUGGUAAAGUUGAGAAAUAAACAUUGGCUUUCAACAUCUUGAUUAUUUAAACAGAACUUCGCAUAACACUGGUAUUAAAUAUGCAAUAAACAUCGAUUUUUUAACUGACUUUCAUAGGCAUCCUAAGUAUAAAAAAUAUCCUGAAAUGGGAAAUAAAAAUUGUUUAUUGUGUUUACAUUUAUCACCAAGGUGAUUUUUUCAUUCAAUUGUUAGUUUCUGUAAUAAAUCCCCUUUGUUAUAAAGCAAUGUAAGGUGUUAAACUUUCGUUAUUUACUAUUGUUAUUGUUUCAUUCUUCUCCAGUUGGAAGAAUACAUUAUCACGGCCACACGUAGGAUAGCAAUGAAGUGCACUGUCGCCCGAGUUAUACUUUAUAUAUUUGGAUAAAGUCAUUCAAGUAUAAGUUAAUUUGUAUCUGGCCGGAUGUGAUCCUUGCAUAUAUUUUCACUCAAUAAUGGUUUAUCGAAUAAAAACAGUUCAUUUAAUUCGCUUUUUAUUCAGCCUAUGCUUGGUGAAUAGAAAUGUAAUCCCGAUACUAAGCAACUUAGUAAAUAUAUCAUGUUGUAAAAUUACACUAUAUUUUUCUUUCUUGUAGGCGAGAACUCUUAUUGUUUUUUGUUUUUUUUCAAUACUCCGCCAUCGUUAUUUUUUGAUUUGCUUUGUGACUUAUUGUCAUUAAAAUAAUUUUCAAUCCAGCAUUUCACUUGU